AUGCCAUUCGUUGCCAACACGCCCGAAUCGCUUCUCGACCGAGCCGACUCCAGAAACCCAACGUCAACAUGUCGUGGUAUAACCUCGAAUGGAAGGCCGUGCAGACGGCCCAUCAGCCGGUCUCCCGGUAUUUCGCUGGCCCCAAGAAAUCGAGGGCCCAGAGUAGAUCUGAGCGAUGAGGCCCUCUAUUGCUGGCAACACAAAGAACAAGCCAUUCACAGUGCAAGGUCUAGCCCCGGGCCAAACAGAGUCACGAAGCCUAUCCUAGAGGAACGCUCGAGCCUAGAUACGCUCGCGGACCGGCUGGGAGUCGUGCAUCUCGAAGAAAAGAAGAGGAGUAGGCAAAAGCAAAGCAAGGAGGACCGUGGGACGCCGCCAAGGACGCCAGUCAAAGCACCGAGGCCAAGGACACGGCCGAAGCUGCAGCUCUGCUUCUGCUUCCAUCUUCCACUGGAGGAAGUGAGCGAGCCCGCGCGGCCGAAACCACGGCCGCAGCUGGAACCUGUCCACAAGCCGGCCCCCUCAGCCUCGAUGCCAAACCUGCCAGGCAGACACUGCCAAGAUGGUAAACCAGGCGGCCACGGGCGAAUUGCGACGCCCAAUGCCUCGCCCAGCAAGGCGUCCUAUCGAUCUGGUCGGUCUGCCGCUUCACAGACUGCACGGUUCAGGGACCUGGUUCCAGACUCACUGGACAUGACGACAGCGUCAGCACUCAUGGCCGAACUUGCCAAGCCGCACGCCGAUUCCGACGAAGCCGGCUACAUAUACAUGUUUUGGCUGACGCCCGCGUCGAAACAAGCACCGCCGCCAGUCGAAGCCGCUCGGUCACUGCUGGCGCCGUCGCCGCCGUCGCCGGCGCGUUCACGCCGACCAAGCGACAUUGUGUCUACUUUUGCAGACCCGAGCGACAAAGGCGACAAGAGUACCAUGCUGCUCAAAAUAGGACGUGCAGCCAAUGUGCAGCGGAGGAUGAAUCAGUGGCAGCGACAGUGCGGGUACGACAUUGAAAUGCUACGCUAUUACCCGUACGUGGGUGCCUCGAACGAGAGGCCCGGAGUGAGCCGCACGCCUCGGAUGACGCCUCAUUGUCGUCGUGUCGAGCGUUUGGUCCACAUCGAGUUGGCGGGCAUGGGGUUGCGCGCGAACGCAUCAACCUGCCGUGCUUGCGGGAGGGAGCAUCGAGAGUGGUUCGAGGUCAAGGCCACGAGGGAGGGAAUUCGAAAGGUAGACGACGUGAUUCGGCGAUGGGUCGACUGGGACGAAACGAGCUUGGAUUGA